AUGAACCUUAUUCCGAGGAAAACCCUCUUCGAAUAUCCUUACUUUUUGAAUGAGAUAUCAUUCAAAGAUUUGGAGAAGGUCGUCACUUACACGGUGAAUACAUGGUGUGAUAGAGACACGAGGAAAGAGCACAAACCGAUCAUGAUCCAGAUCGUCAUCUCGAUAUUAUUUCAAUUAUUCAUUAGGAUGUCGGCGAAUUUAAGGGUUUUCAUUUUAAAUAAGCAUUGCAACAUUGAUUCGGAUAUUCCUGAAUUGGUCACAUUUUCAAAUUUUCAAUCAUUAUUUUCACAAAUACGAACUCUCAAGGUCUUGUUCGCUCCCUUCUCGAAAAAUGUCAUGCAACUUUUAGGGAAUAUUUCAACAAAUCUUCAUUGCCUAGAUUUUAAAUUACACACUUCAAAUUACACACCCGAGGUAACUCAAUUGAUUUCAACGAUAAUCAAAUCCCAACAUUACCUUAGUGAAUUCACGAUCGCAAAUGUUCCAAGUGCUUCGAAUGGUUUGGAUUCCAUCCUUUCUUCCUUGCAUUCCCAUAAAAAAUCUUUAAAUUCCUUGAAACUUAAUUUCGUUCACCUAACCGAACCUUCCAUCAACAUUAUAAAUCAAUUUAAUAAAUUACAUACACUUUGUUUAUAUUGUUGUGGAGAUGUUAAUUUACAAAUACUUGAAAAAUAUGGAAAAUCCUUAAAACAACCAAAUUCGGAGAAUUACAAGAAGUGUGAAAAUAACGUCCAUUCAAUUUUUAAAUAUGGAAAGUUUGGAAGUGCCGGCCAAAAAGAUAUUUCACGAAGAUACAAUGGUCUGAUUGAAAAGUUUCGAUUACAUGCACAAGAAGAGAAAGCCGACCAUUUAGAAAAAAUCUUUACUUCCUACAUAAAUCGUUCAAUUCAUGAAGCUUCGAUUCCCGUGCAUACGCGUUAUGAUAUGCUGUACCUUUUGCUAAAUUUAUCCGAAUCACCGCUUCAAGUCUCAUUUAGUCUUGCCCUUCCGAAAUCAAGGUCAUCAAAACCUCAAUUAACGGUUGAAGAUAUAUUUCGCGAAGAACCAUUGACAUGGAUCAGAGAAAGGUUAGGUGAUCGGGCUAUUAACUUGCAAAACUCUCGAAGAACUUCAAUACAAAAGAACGUACCAAAUUUCGAGCAACAAAAUGAAAAAGUUGACGUGUUAGAAUUUGACAUAGACCACGAACUCAUUCGAGAAUUGGAGUCGAAGCAAUAUUGGAGGAAUGAGUUUCGUCAUAUUCCUGAAGAAACCAAAUUUAAUUCUAACGAUGCUUGUACCCUGGCUCCUGCGCUUGCCGAGUACAAAAGUCGGGACGAAAGUUAUCUAUUUCACGAUCCAACUCGGGUGGAAUACCUAACUGAGCUCGUUGCAAUACGUGAAGUAUUGUUCAUGUUAUCGGGAAGGCCGAGUUAUUUAUUUCAUCAACAGGAGAAUGGAAAAUUUCAGAUUAAGAGUAAUAUAACGUUGACGCAUUUGUCUGAGGGCGGAUUUAAGGCUUUGCUGGAUUUUUUUUGCGAUUAUGGAAAUAAAUUGUUCAAGUUGAGAAUGAUUGCUUCAAAAAUAUGUAGUGAACCUUGUACCUUAUAUGGACAAACAGCGCAGGCAUUUUCUGCUUCUAUUUUAAAGAUGGUUUGGAAGUUUGACAAACUGUUGGCAGAUUUUGAAUUGGAAUAUCAGGUUGAUCGUAUAAAAUCUCGAGCUCAGGAUACAUAUAUUUCACUUUUACAUCUAAGAAGUGAACUUAUGAACCGGCUAUAUGAAUUCACGAUCAUACAUAACUUUGUUGAGAAAUCAAGUUUAAACGACAUACCAGAACUUUGUCAUAAAGAAAAUACUUCUAAACAGUCCAGGAACCUAUUAAUAACACCAUCAAAAAUUGCUUAUGAUAUUCUUUCCGGAUUGUAUGAUGAGAUAUCUACGCAUCAAACCGUUGGAAAUCAUUCUAUUUUCCUAAUGCUUGGAAAACACCUUGACAAUUCAUUUGUUCCUUUUAUUCGUAUGAUGAAUGACUGGAUUUGCAAGGGAGCAUUUCAUGAUCCUGCAAAUGAAUUUUUCAUCGUUAGAACAAGUAUAAUUCAAAAUUCAUCACAGUAUUGGAAAGAAAUGUAUAAGAUUCGAGAAGUUUCGUCAUUGGACAAUUCAACCUCGUCACGGCUGCUAUUUCCAACUUUCUUGGAACCUUUCAUAGGGCGUGUUUUGUUUUCCGGUAAAGCAAAGAAUUUGCUAAUGUCUUUGAAGCUUAAAGAGGAAGAAGUAAUGUUUCGAAUGACUUUUCAACAUCAUCCGGAAGAAUUUGAAUUUGAUACAAAAUCCUUGCAGUUUUUUGAUUUGAGCCAACCGGCCGAACUUGGGCCGUUAAACAAAUCGCCUGGAAAAGAUUUCAUGUCAGCUCUUUUCCCUCUUUGGAAUAAAUCAAAAAUACAAACGGUCGAAUAUACGGAACCAAGACCACGAUCGCAGAGUUACAUUGGUGAAGAUGAUCAACAUCUAAACAUAGAUCCAAUGAUAAAUUUUCAACCUUUCACCGAACGAUUCAGAGAAAAGUUUGAAGAUUAUCUUCAUCCAAGAUAUAUGCGCAUAGGACAACAGCUCUAUGGUGCCUUGGUUGAACAGUGUCACCUUUGGAGACAUUUAAGAGCUCUUGCAGGCAUAUAUUUUAUGCAACAAGGCGAAUCAAUGCAUCUAUUAACUGAUGUUUUGUUUGACAGGAUAGAUAAGAAACAAAUGUGGUACGACUCUUACGUUCUGAAUGAAGUAGUUUUAAACACCAUCAAGAACUUCAAAUGGUUAGAUAAGAGUUCAGUCAUUGUUUGGGUAAAUGAUGAGGCAGGCAAAAAACCAAAUAUAAAAACGGUGAGAGUAUUUGAAAAAAUAGCUUUUGAGUAUCGACUACCUUGGCCACUCGAUAAUAUAAUUCGUAGCAAUACUUUAACGUCUUACAAACGAAUAAUUGUGUUUUUGUUGCAAGUUAAAAGGGCGAAAUACCUUUUAGAACGGUUGUCCUUUUCUCGAAAUCAAGACAACUCUAAAGCCAUGGUUCUAUUUUAUGGUGUAAGAAUGAAGUUAAUAUGGUUCUUAAAUACAAUAUGGGAUUACGCCAUGAGAACUAUAUUACUAUCAGAAACAGAAAACUUUUAUAAGAAACUGGAACAAGUGUUUGAUAUCGAUGAAAUGAUUUCAUUACACGGGAAUUAUAUUCGCACCGUUCACGAUAGGUGUCUGUUGAAUGAAAAUGCAACUCCGAUGCACAAAUCGAUAUUGGACGUUUUGGAUUUAAUAAUACAGUUUAGUAUACUUUAUACAAGAUAUCGUGGUGAUAAUGUUUCCUUUUAUGAUCAUUCUCGGGACGACAGAUCAAGAAGGUUCAUGGAUGAUAAUUCAGAUUCAGACUCGGAUUCAUUUUUAAUUGACGAUGAUGACGAUCAAUUGGAUAAAGGAGGAGAAAAUGGAUUUGAAUCGAUUGUACCACAUCUAGUAGAUUACGAUGAUUUUCUUAAUGGAUUAUGCAGGAUUGAUAAAGAAUUUAAUAGACAUAAAGAAUUUAUUAGUAAUUCAAUACAAGCGAUCGCUAAAGUAGGAGGAUUUUGGUGGUUUGAUGCUUUAGCAUUAGCUUUAGGCUGA